CGGUAAAAGACUUCACAGACUUGACACACAUAAUCAAAUUCUUCUCUCUUUUUUACCUUCUUUCUGUUCUUCAUCUUGAUUUAUGGACACGGGUUGGGGUCUUACUCUUGAUUCUGAUCCCAUCACUAAUUAUUUCUUCACUAACAACAAGAACAAGAGCUCUUCAGUGGCUGCAGCUGUUGCUGGUGGAGGAGUUUCCAGGUUUAGAAUGAACAACAACUUGGCUGGCUGUGGUGGUGGUGGAGGUGGUGAAUCUUCCUCGUCGAUGAGGAUGUUUCAGUUCAGCGGUGGGACUCCUCCUUCACCGCCGGAUGAUGAUCGCCGGGUCGCCGUCGAUGAAGUUGAUUUCUUUUCUGAUAAUAAGAAGAGGGUCGUGGAUGAUCGUGAUGAUAGCAAUAAUAAUAAGCAGCUGGUUUGUGUUAGCGUCAAGAAGGAGAAUUCCAAUGAGGAAAUGGGACGUUCCAGGACUGGUUUUGAUGUAAAUACUGGCUUGCGUCUUCUCACUGCUAACACUGGAAGUGAUCAAUCUACUGUGGAUGAUGGGGUUUCAUCUGAUAUGGAAGAUAAACGAGCUAAAACUGAGCUGGUACAAUUGCAAGGAGAGUUACAGCAUAUGAAUGCAGAAAACCAGAGGCUGAGAGACAUGCUUAGUCAAGUUACAAGCAAUUACAACGCUCUAGAGAUGCACCUUGUUGCAUUAAUGCAACAACAACAGCAACAAAAUCAAAGAGCAGAAAGUAUUCAAGAUCAUGAGAUUGUUGAAGGAAAAGCUGAAGAUCAUAAAAAGCAUGAAGUAAUGGUGCCCCGGCAGUUUAUGGAUCUGGGUCCUUCUGGGACAGCUGAGACAGACGAGGCAGUGUCUAAUUCUUCCUCGGAAGAGAGAACUUUAUCGGGGACACCUCCGAACAAUAUCGAGGUAGCGUCUAAAAGCAAUGGAAAAGGUGAGAUUGUUUCAUUCGAUCAAGAAAAUUCAAAAAGAAUUGGUAGAGAAGAAAGCCCAGAAUCUGAAACUCCAGGCUGGGGUCCGAACAAGGUCCAGAAGUUGAAUUCUUCACCAUCUAAAACAAUUGAUCAAUCUUCCACUGAAGCCACCAUGAGAAAAGCCCGUGUCUCAGUCCGUGCUCGCUCAGAAGCUCCCAUGAUCACUGAUGGAUGUCAAUGGCGAAAAUAUGGACAAAAAAUGGCUAAAGGAAACCCAUGUCCUCGAGCUUAUUAUCGUUGCACCAUGGCCGUCGGUUGCCCUGUUCGUAAACAAGUGCAACGAUGCGCAGAAGAUAGGACGAUUUUGAUAACAACUUAUGAGGGGAAUCAUAAUCAUCCUUUGCCUCCAGCUGCUAUGGCUAUGGCUUCAACAACAACAGCAGCCGCCAGCAUGUUACUUUCAGGCUCAAUGUCAAGUGCAGAUGGGAUAAUGAAUCCCAAUUUGUUAGCAAGAGCUAUUCUUCCAUGUUCAUCAAGCAUGGCAACGAUUUCAGCUUCUGCUCCAUUUCCUACAGUGACAUUAGACCUCACACACUCUCCAAAUCCUCUACAAUUCCAAAGACCUCCCACACAGUUCCAGGUUCCAUUUGCUGGGCAGCCUCAAAACUUUGGCUCAAUAUCAGCCCCUCAUCAGUUGCCUCAGGUUUUCAGUCAAGGACUUUACAACCAAUCGAAAUUUUCAGGUCUUCAGUUAUCUCAAGAACUGGGGUCUUCUACUUCUCACCAAAGUCUCCCCCCAUCAUUGCCCCAACAACCACCACAGUCCUCCUCUCUGGCUGAAACCGUCAGCGCAGCCACGGCCGCCAUCACAGCCGAUCCCAAUUUCACCGCAGCUCUUGCAGCUGCCAUCACCUCCAUAAUCGGUGGUGCUGCACAUCCAUAUAGUAACAGCAACACCUCCAAUGGUAACAGCAACCCCAACAACAACAACAACAACAACAACAACAAGCAACAGCAAUAAAAUCGACAGCUUCUCAGGAAAUUAAAUUUGAGAAAGAAGGCCGGACCCUGUUCAUCUUUUAAUUAAUUUUUCUCUUUCAUUUAUAAAUUAAUUACCGUUUGUUUGUUCUUUUUGUUUUUUUCUUCUUUUGGGGAUCAUGAGAAUGAGAUUUGAUGUUCAUAUAUUUCACUUUUUACUUCCAAUUAGAAACACAAAAUGUCAUUCUUUCUUUCUUAUUAUGAAAAUAAUCAUUCCUUUCA